AAUGGUAACUAGUGCGUAUGUAAUGAGAAAUAAAACAAAGCGCAAAACUAUAGUACAAUUAUAAUAUGUAUUAUGUUGGCAUAAAUAGGAACACAAUAUAAUAAAAUGAAAACUUUGAGGAUUAAAAAAGUGUUUUUACGGAUUGCGAUAACGCUUUUGUUUUUUAGUUUAAUCGCAAUAUAUAUAUUCAAGAACAGUGUAGGAACAAACAUACCGUUCGGAACCACACAGGAAUCUGGGUACAAAAGGACAUUAAAAGAAUCAUCAAGACAUGGAGUAGACGAGGAUACAGCAACGGGUAACAGCUAUGUGGAGAAGGUAGUGCAACACCGAUUGCAAAAAGUUCGAGAAUUUUGUGCUAAAAAUAUCAAAGUUGAUAUCUGGGAGAACCUUAGUCCCACGGGCCAAGUAUGGUCUAGCAUGAAACAUGACAUUCACUAUUGUUUAACGCCAAAGAUUGGCUGUACAUACUGGAAGCGAGUUAUGCGCUUUAUUGCUGGAGAUUAUAAUACAAAUCUAAGCAUAAGCAAGCCAAGAGACAUUGACCGCAAGUAUGUACAUUAUGGCAAUAUGAAAUAUAUUAGGCGCGUUGGUUUGCAAAGCACCAUGGUUCGAGGAGAAAUGUCAAAGGGUCAUUCAUUCAUGUUUACAAGAGAGCCGUACGGUCGAUUAUGGUCCGCGUACAUUGACAAAUUUCUACUGCCAGAUUUUUGGAGAACGGAUGCACAUGCUGUUAUUAACAAAGUGCGACGAAACGCUACUGAUGAACAACGGGUAUGUGCAAAUGACGUUACAUUUGCAGAGUUUCUACAAUACAUAGUGGCGACCUAUCCCCGAAAAUUAAACGAACACUGGCAGCCGGUUUAUAAGAUAUGCGAUCCUUGUCGAGUGGUCUAUGACAUCAUUGGCAAACAGGAAACAUUCACCAAUGACUCAAACUAUAUAUUACAGAAAUUUGGACUAGGUUAUUUGAUUCCUACGUCAAGUUCAAAAUCGUCAAGGGCGACUGAAGAAAUAACGAUGUUGGUCAAAUAUAACUUUGAUUUGGAGCGUUCAAUAAAGAAAGGCUGUUUCGAUAAAGAAGAUGUUGCAGUGCGACUUUGGAAAGCUUUCCAAUACAACGGAUAUAUCCACAAAUCAAUUGAUAUUCCUAUGAAGAAAAUAAAAUCAAAAAACUUCACUCAGCAUCCAACAGAGGUAUUUUUGGAAUAUGCUUUGUGGACAUUGCAAUACCAACACGACCAAACAUUUGAAAUUAGAAAUCAAAAACGCCAUAUGAUGUUAGACGUUUAUAAAAGUAUUCGCAAGGACCUGGUAGAAUCUAUUCAAGAGGUUUAUAAAUUUGAUUUCGAGUUGUUUGGAUAUGACAAACAUUUUUUGAAAGAAGUAUAAAAGUAUUUAAAUGUUCUAAAUCUAUUGAUAAGGUUUUUCUCCAUACUAUGAAAAGCUCUUUCACUUUGUCCCCUUUGUACUCCAUAUCAAGAAUUCGUCGUUUACAGUUUUAAUAACACAUUAAUUUUACACUCAGCACAUCCAAUAUGCCAAAGGAGGUUAAAACAUGUAAUACAAACUACUAUUCAUUUCUUUUUCUAAUUGUUAUAUACAUAUUUAGAAUAUUUUGCUAUCUAUUGAGAUAUAUCAU